GGGAAGCCGUACGACCCGUCGGGGCACUUGCGUGGGUGGGAGAUGCAGACGGGCGUGAUGGCGUACCGCCGCAACGAGCGGGUGGCCGCCUUCUGGGAGGAGACGCGCAAGGUGUACCUCGAGAAGGGGGGCGCCUACUGGCGCCUGCGCGAGCAGGGCGCGGCGACGCUGGCCCUCGCACGGACGGACGUGCGCUUCCUUCCACUUCCGCCCUCCUUCAACGCGCGCCCCUACACCGAGCUGCAGGCCGCCAAGGUCUUCGGCGCGCCUGUCUACCACGGCAAGGAGCUCUGGCGGCGCGUCGCCGACGCCGACGCUCCCAACGCGGGCAAGCCGGCCACGCCCGAGCAGCUGGUGCGCUUCCGCAUGGCGCGGGAUUGGGACAAGGCGGCGCGCGGCGUGGCGCGACACGGCGCGAUGGAGCACCCGAGUGCCGACUAGCGCGUGGGCGAGCGAUGUCGCACUGACGCACAGCACAUGCAUCAGAAUUCGCUGAAUCAUCACCCGGACAAAGGCGCGUUGACUGUCAAAAAAUGAAGGACCGCGACCAAAUAAAGGAUUUACAAAACC